CUCAAACUUUUCAACGUCACAAUGGUCAAAAUCGAGGAGUUUGCCGUGGAGCGAUGGAUGGAUGAUUAUGAGAAUGACGCGAAGCACAAUCUCGCCGAGACGUGCUGUGCAUCUAUUUCUCUGAACGAUCUUCAGGCCUUUUCCGGGCAGGAGACGAACCUCAUCGACUAUUCGCAGAAGCAAAUCUAUGGUGCAAUCCGUGGCUCUAUCCCGCUCCGGUCGAAUAUCGCUCGUCUUUACUCAUCGGGCUCCUCGGAGCCCUUGACUGCGGACAAUGUCCUUGUCACCAACGGCGCAAUCCAGGCCAAUUUCCUGGCUCUUUAUACCAACGUUGGUCCUGGGGAUCACGUCAUCUGUCACUAUCCCACUUAUCAACAGUUGUAUUCCAUUCCCGAGUCUUUCGGUGCCGAAGUCACCUUGUGGAAGGCAGUGGCAGAGAACGGUUGGCAGUUGGACGUGACUCAACUCGAGUCCAUGAUCAAGCCCAACACGAAGCUCAUCAUUUUGAACAACCCUCAAAACCCAACUGGUGCCGUCCUCACUCGUGAGACGCUGCAAGCCAUCAUUGACGUCGCACGGGAACACGACCUGAUCGUUCACUGUGACGAAGUCUACCGGCCACUUUUCCACUCUCUGAAGAACCCUGAGCAAGGCAACCCGCCCUCAAUUCUGGACUUCGGAUAUGAGAAAGCCAUUUCUACCGGAUCCAUGUCCAAGGCGUUCAGUCUGGCUGGUAUUCGUCUGGGCUGGAUUGUUUCCAGGAGCUCGGCGAUCAUCGAAGCGAUCGCUUCUGUCCGUCACUAUACCCUCAUCUCCGUCGGUCAACUCGAUGAUCGUGUGGCUACUCAAGCUCUUGCGAGCCCGACCGUUGAGAAAUUGCUCGAACGCAAUUGCAAACUCGCAAAGCAGAACCUUGAUGACUUGGAGGCGUUCGUGGAUGAGUUCAAAGAGUCCGUGUCGUGGACCCGGCCCCAGGCUGGUACGACUGCCUUUGUCAAGUUUACCAAGGGUGGACGUCCAGUAAAUGACUUGGCUCUUUGUAAGCUGUUGCUGGAGAAAUAUGGAUUGAUGUUCGUUCCGGGAAGUCAGUGCUUUGGCGGUGGAGAUGACUUCAAGGGAUACGUACGCGUUGGAUACGUUCCGGAACGCGAAGUGUUAGUCGAGGGUCUCGAGGUUCUACGCAAGUUUAUGCGUGAAGAGUACCAGAACGCCCAAUUGUAAAUAACUUGAGUGUGACUGAAUCGUGUCGGGUCAUGAAUCACCUGGAUGCGUUUCAUUUUGCGUGAUUCAUGGGUAUCAAGGUCAUUAAAUAAGCUAUAUAAAGUUUAAAAUAAAACAAGUUCGAGCCCAAGUUUUGCGAGAUAGAUGUCCCAGGGUAAUUCACUGCCAGAUGCCCAAUAUUUGCGGAGUGCCUCUCUAGCUCUCGUAAAGUUACCCAUGCCAAGCUUUUGCAUGUUCCCCAUGCGUAUUAAUAUUGUCUCUCGCUCCUCCUCGUCAUCGGUCUCACAUCCCGCACUGAAGAUUGGCCAGAGAAUGAGUAUAUUCAUAAGUGAAUGCGGUUCAAUCAUGCUCAAAGCCUCGAAAAUGUUAUGCACAUCGGCUCUGACCUUGGCAUUGUCCUUGGAAUGUAGCUGCACACGCCGGUGAAGGUGAAGUAGUGCCGAAUGUACGAAAGCAAGAUGUGUGCCGUGCAGCUCCAAUACGAGACUCCGGUCACGAGACAACGUUUCGUCAUGAACAGACCGAUCGAGAAGUUGGAAAAGCUGGGAUUCGAGAUCCUCGGCCCGAAUCAUCGUCUCGAGGGAUGCCGUAUAGUCCUCCUCGUUUCCCUCCGAUGCAGAAAGCCGUUUCUGGCUGGCCAAUUUAGAUACUUCUGCAAGUAUCGGGAUGAGGUCCAACGAGUAGCCGCUGAUUUCAUCCACAUGCCAGGUUGCAUAAUCCGAAAGCCCGUUCAGGGCUCCCUUGCCAGGGCUAUCAAUGCACUCGCCAUGCACUCCCGAUAAGGCUGCUAGAAUAUCCACGGUUUUGAACCACUUGACGAGGCAUUGCAUGAAAGGAUCAUCCAUCAGUAUUGGUGAUGCUCGUUGGUAUUGCAGCAGGCCCAUCAACAUUCGCAAAACUCCCCCGAGGUGAGUCCGCCAAAUCUUCAUAUUUCCGUUGCAGACAUCAUUUGUGCACAAGGCCAUUGCAGUCGUGACGGUCUCGGGUUUUGUUGCCUGGUCUGGAUCGCAGAGCGCUGAUCUCAGCCCGGCUAUAGCCAUAUUCGUGUAUUUCAGGCACAUCAUCUUUGACCGUGGGCCCGAAUCUUGAAUGAGCCGGCUAUGGUGACUGCAUGAACUGGCCAAAAGCGCAUGGAGAAGAUGCGGUGUCUCCAUUGCAGAACCGAUCAUUCUUUGGAGGAAGUAUUCGGGAGCUGCCGGAAAUAACAUCUUGGCUGUCUGCGUUGCAAACGUGUGCAUCAAAAACCGGGAUUCUUCAGAGAGCAGAAGAGGUGAGGGAUUGGGUAGAGGCUGAUACACCAGCGGCAUCAUGUCAAUAACAGCUUGAGUGUCUUCAGUAGCAGGUGUUGAUGCCUUCUCAAGUUUGGGUUGAUUAAAUUUGACAGGGGAUGGUCGUCGCCUAGCUGGGACUUGGGCAAUAAUACUCAAGCCGUACUGACAUCCUCGAGGAUAUCGCUUACAACGUGAACACACCGGCCUCUGCAUAUCACACUGAUUGGACGAUCGCAAUUAGCCUUGGAUCUGCUUGAAUCUUUCGGUAGACAAUCAUACUCUGAUUUUCUUUCUCCGGCAUUCCGUGCAACCGUCUCGUCUUCUCCCAUGGCACGGGGGGGUUGUCUCUCGUCCCUCCGAGCGUGCUCGGCUUCUUGGUGAAGCAGUCAUCUUCAUUGGCUAUACUCUUGAAAAGCCGUUUGAAGAUACGGUCACAAAGGUGAAUGAUGC